AUCAAACAAGUUGGUGGCUGAUCGUGUGGAACUCAAUAAAAAUAAUAAAAAGUUUUCGAGAAAAAUCAAUAAUAGCUUGGGCUUACUUCGAGAUAAUAAUUUUGAAAAGCUUGCCUAUAAUACAGGUCUAACAAAAGUUGCCCUAUUAACGUUUACCAUACAUUUAGGGCUAAAGUAAUCGGCAAAAGUUUGUCUUGAUAAUUUCUUAGGAAUUAGCUUCAAUAAUGAGUGUCUGUGAUAGUGGUGAUGCGAAGUUGGACGCAGCAGUCAACACUUGGUUGAAGCAUGAUAAGAACCCUGAAACGCGUAAGGAGGUUCUAGACGACAUAUCCGCUGCAAGAUGGGACAAGCUGAAGAAGACGAUGUUGCGUCGCCAGAAAUUCGGGACCGCCGGGCUGCGUGGCCGCAUGGGCGCCGGCUACCAGUGCAUGAACGACGUCGUCAUACUGCAGACAGCACAGGGCCUGUGUUCCUACAUCCAAAAAGUUUGUAACCAGAGCCAAUUAAAGAACGGCGUCGUCGUUGGAUACGACGGCAGAUACAAUAGCAAAAGAUUUGCCGACCUCACAACGAAAGUCUUCGUCUCCGCUUCCAUUCCUGUCCACCUAUUCACUGACGUAUGCCCGACGCCUCUUGUGUCCUUCGCUACGAUCCUGUACGGAGCAGCAGCAGGCGUGAUGGUGACCGCCUCCCAUAACCCGAAGGAGGACAACGGCUACAAGGUGUACUGGGGCAACGGCUGUCAGAUCAUAGCGCCGCACGACCAACUCGUGCUGGAGGAAAUCGAGCAGUGCUUGGACAUACCAGAAGAACACUGGAACAUCGAUGAGAUCCGAUCCCAUCCCCUAGUCACCGACUGCUUAGAUGAGGCCACGACGAAGUACAUGGAAUACAUCCGCAGCUCGCUACACCCAGACAUUCUAGAGACGAACAAGAAAGCAGCAAUAGAUACUGUGUACAGCGCUAUGCACGGCGUUGGUUAUAAAUACAUUGUUAAAGCAUUCGAAGCCGCUAACUUGAAGCUGCCAAUAAGCGUGCCCGAACAGCAAGAGCCGGACCCGUCGUUCCCGACAGUAGUGUUCCCCAACCCCGAGGAGCCUGCGUGCUUGGAGCUCAGCACUGGCCUGGCCGAGCGGAGCGCCGCGCGCCUGCUGCUGGUCAACGACCCCGACGCCGACCGCCUGGCCGUCGCCGAGCGGGACCACAGUACCAAAUCGUGGAAGGUAUUCACGGGCAACGAAAUGGGUGCUCUGCUGGGUUGGUGGCUGCUCGAACAGAACUCUAAACGGAACGAUGCGAGCGAGGUGUACGUGAUCGCAAGCGUGGUCAGUUCCAAGAUGUUGCGGGCAAUCGUCAAAGGCAAAGGCGAGUUCGUGGAGACGCUCACUGGCUUCAAGUGGAUGGGCAACACCACACUCCUCCUGGCGCAGCAAGGCAAGUUGCCGCUAUUUGCGUUUGAGGAGGCCAUCGGCUAUAUGUGCAACCAUCGUGUGCCCGAUAAGGACGGAGUCUCGGCCGCUGUACAGGUGGCGUCGCUAGCGUCGCACCUAUACUCCAGCGGUUCGUCUCUACUGAAACAACUGAACACCCUGUAUUCCCAGUACGGGUACCACGUGACGCACAACGCGUACUUCAUCUGCCACGAAUCAAGCGUCAUGCAGAACAUAUUCCGCAGAAUCAGGAACUACCAUGGGCAUGGGCAGUACCCAAAGAAAGUUGGCUCGUGUGAAAUCACCUACAUCAGGGAUUUCACGGCUGGCGUCAAGAUCCCUGAAACUGUCGUGGGCGAACAACACUUAAACGUUCUGGGAACGGGCUUGGACCAAGAUUACACGAGUGGCGAAAUGGUGAUGUUCCGCUGCCACAACGGACUGUCGGUUACUGUGCGCACCAGUGGCACCGAGCCAAAGCUUAAGUACUACUCCGAGCUCGUCUGCGAUGCUGAUACUGACAGUGAACGUGAGCAAGUGAAGCUCAAACUUCAGCACAUCGUUCAAGAAUUCGUGGAGGAGCUUCUUCAGCCUAAGGAGAAUGGGCUCAUAGCGUAAACGCACCGGUAAAUUUUACGUUGCAUUUGCAAUAUUCCUUCGUUAUAAAGUGCUUAAGUGCAUCCAUUACUUAAUAAAUAUUAGGUAAAAUUGCGGACCACUCUGGCUUUAUAUGCAUUCAAAUAUCAAAUAAUAAUUCCAUAAACUUUUUUUCUCGUGAGGUUUGGCAUAUCUGUCAAUGUCAUGUCAAAAAUAACCAAUCAUGCAGCAUUUGGACCUCGCGUCUACGUAUUGCCAUCUGGCGGAUUUUUUAAUCGCAAAAACCCUCAUUCCCUGAUUAGGGAUUAUGUACUUUUUAUUUUUAUUAUGUCAGACCGAGUUUAUGUUUGACCUCAAUCACACUCAAAUCAAAACCAAAAAUAUUUUAUUCACUUGAUGGUAAGGUUACUUACUCAUAAAGUAUUUAAUUUGAACUAAUUCAAACCCUAUUGCGAUUACCAGAUUACCAUAAUGCAUACAAACGUGGCGAGAGACAUUUAUUAUUACCUACUUACAUUAAUUUAUAAUAGUGAUUGUUCUUGUACAUUUAAAUUCAUUUUAUUGAAUUUACUUCAGAGAUUAGCACCAUAUUUUAUUCUACUAAUACUUGUAUACAGGGUGUUAGGUAAAUGGGUAUAUGAGCCGACACUAGCCCAUGUUAACAUGGUCAUAUAAAUGGUAUGGUGAAGUCAGAAAU